UCCUAUUCCUGUGAAUUUAAAGGGACCAGUCAGACUUAAAUACAGACAUGGUGUCUCUGAUCUGCACCUUACAAAGUCAUCGAGAUGAUGUGAACUGCUGCGCGUUCUCGGGCUCUCUGCUGGCCACCUGCUCCGCUGAUAAGAGCAUCUGUGUUUACUCCGCACGAGACUUCAGCGAGCUGUCCUUCUCCCCGCUGUCCGGACACAGCUACGGGGUGCACUGCUGCUGCUUCAGCGCCUGCGGCAGGUAUCUGGCCUCCUGCUCCACCGAUGCCUCCACCGUGGUGUGGUCCAUGGACACCGGAGAGACCGAGGCUGUCCUGGAGCAUCCGGGCCGGAGUCCGGUGAGGGUGUGCGCCUUCUCUCCAGACUCAUCUUUGUUGGUGUCUGGAGGCUCUGAUGGGACCAUCGCACUGUGGGACUUUACCUCCAGGACCCUGCGCAGGACGGGCACAGUGAAUGACACCAGUAUAGUGGCCUGCUCUUUCACUCCCUGCGGUCAGUUCUUCAUCACUGGCUCCACAUAUGGUGACCUGCGGCUGUGGGACCUGAAUAUGAACCAUCUCCAUGCGGAGAAGAAUGCCCAUGACCUCGGGGUCUCCUGCUGUCAGUUUGCUCCCCAGAUAAUGAAGGGCACAGAUGGCUGCUUUCAGUUUCGGCUGGCCUCGUGUGGACAGGACAGUCUUGUGAAGAUAUGGAUCGUCUCUCUUUUGUCUCCUGCAGACAUUAAGAUGCAGCUCACUCACACACUGACGGGUCAGUCUGCCCCAGUUCUGUCCUGUGCUUUCUCUGCUGAUGGACAGAUGUUGGUGUCAGGAUCGGUGGAUAAGACCGUGACUGUGUAUCAAGCUAAUGAAGGUGUCUUACUCCACACACUUAACCAGCAUGACAGGUAUGUGACGGCCUGUGCCUUCUCCCCCACGGCCCCUCUAAUCGCCACCGGCUCCAUGGACAAAACUGUCAAUAUCUGGAGGGUAGAGGACGGCAGCGGAGCUCAGGGCAAAUCUCUUCCUGAUGAAGCUGCUUCGGUUUCAAGCAGUGGAGGCAGGAAGUGGAGUGGACGCUCCAGACUGAUGGUGAGCGAGUGGUCUGAGGAGGAUGUGUUGGCAUGGUUACGGGAGGAGGGACUAGAGGCUGUGAUUGACGUGUUUAAAUCCAAUAACAUCGAUGGAGGGGAGCUGCUCUCUCUCACCAAGGAAACCCUCAGCUCUGAGCUGCACAUUGAGUCUCUGGGCCUGCGGAGUAAAGUCAUGAAGAAGAUUGAGGAGUUAAAAAUGGCUCCUGUCUCUAAUGGCACUCCUGACGAGUACCUCUGUCCAAUCACACGCGAGGUCAUGAAGGACCCAGUGAUCGCCGCCGACGGCUACUCGUAUGAACGGGAGGCCAUUGAGAGCUGGAUCAACACGAAGAACCGCACCAGCCCUAUGACCAACCUACCCCUGCAGACCACUCUUCUGACACCCAACCGCACACUCAAAAUGGCCAUUUUACGAUGGACCGCUUGUCAGUGAUUUCAGAUAAUAAUGAGCCCAGAACAGAAGUCUUUCUAGGACUGGAUCACAUUAGCACGCUGUACAUUUUAGCGCUUUAACUUUUAACAGACUAUAGUGAUGUCUCAGCUCUUGACUUGAGCUCAGGUUCAGCCUUAAUCCUGAAAGUGAGAGAGGUUUUCCAUUAGAUGUGAUGGGAGCUUCAUGCGAUCCUCCAUCCACAAAGUGACGAUCAUUAUGUCACAGGAAGACUGAAGAGCAGGUGGUCCAGAAUCAGGCUAAAACUACUAAAUGCAUCUCCAGCAUAGUACAGCAAAGUGUUGAGUGGCCUUAAACAUCAUAAUAAAUGUUUAUCAUCCCCUUUAUGCUCUAAAGCGGACAGUUUGCCAGCAUGAUUAUACAGUUUCUAGCACAUAAUUAUGAUUCCUCCUGCAUCUCUCAUCGUGACUCACAGGUCUGACUAUAGGUGAAAUUCCUCAAGCGAUAUACUCUUAUUUUAUGCAAUGAUUUUUAGGAUGAGCUAUUAAUCAUUUAAAGGGGUUAUGCGUGUAUAAUGAUGUUGCUCAUAUGAAGUAGUUUACAUGCUUAAAAUCAGGUAGACGUUUAUUAGUGGAUAAUCAUUCAUUGUAGCCAGUUAAGUGACUGGAUUUAAAGGGGUCAUAUGAUGCGAUUUCAAGUUUUCCUUUCUCUUUGGAGUGUUACAAGCUGUUUGUGCAUAGAUAAGAUCUCUAAAGUUGCAAAGACUAAAGUUUCAAGCCAAAAGAGAUAUUCUUUAUAAAAGUUAAGACUCGUCCAUUCUCCUAAAACACCUCAUUUAAACACGCCCCCAUGUCUACAUCAUUGUGUGGGAAGAUUUGCACAACACCACUCAAGUUUGAUUCUCGCUGUAUCAUUGUUGCUGCUGCCGGUGCCAUGUCAUGGAAAUGCUGUGUGUUUCAUUGCAAAAGUGAAAUUUCUUUGUUUGGCCUUCCCAAAAAGUAUACAACUAGAAAUCAGUGGUUAAGUUGUAAAGUUGUAUACUACAACAUUGUUCCAGAACAGUUUAAACCAAAUAUUUGUGUGCGCGCAACACAUUUAAGGGAGGACUGUUUCAUGAACCUACAGUGCUGGCUGUUCUGACUCAACCUGUAAGUACGUUUUCAUAUUUAAAGAAUUUGCCACUGAUUAUUCAAACGUGAGUUUUGAGCAGUGAAGAGUAGCGCUUAUGGUUUUUUGUUUACGUGGCAUAAAAAGACCAUAUUAGGGGCCGUUCACAUUUCGCUUCUUUUGCGUGCGCAAGUUCGUUAUUUCCAAUGUAGGUGCGCGGCAUACGCACUCAUAAUGGAAGCGACGCGGUCGCGAUGCGGUGCGACGCGCCCGUUUUUGCCAGGCACGUCUGCACCGCAUUGAGAUAAAAACAUCUCAACUUUUCAGAAUGCCGCAAGCGCACCGCGGGUCAUGUGACAAGAACCAACCAAUCAGCUUAAUCCUUUCCCGUAACAACGUUGAAAACUCAGCCAAGACGAAGGAACAGCUGUUCAUAGCUGUAUAUGGAUUGCCAUUUUGAAAUUAAUUUAGUAGCAGAGCUACUUAGAGCGAUUUUUUGUGCCACAAAUCCAUUUAUCCUUUGCUGAAAUUUCCGCGUCUUCAUGGAGAGAGCACGUCAUGGUUGCUUAGCAAAGGCAGACGCCUCAGGAGCGCUUCUGUCCGAGUGCUUUGGAAAGAAGGACAAUGCGGGGCGCCUAGCGUUUUCCACACGUUUUUAGGUGCGAUAUGUGAACGGCCCCUAAGUCCUUAUAAUCUGUAAUUAUGUCCUUUUUUUGAUGGUUUUAUUGAUUUUGUCUUGUCGCACCAGGACACGGCAUCACCGUAUGCUAAGGGACGUAAUAUUUCCAUCACAUGCUUGAGGUAUUCAGCCAAUCACAAUGCACUGGAUAGCUGGCCAAUCAGAGCACACCCUCGCUUUUCAGAACGAUGAGCUUUGUAAAAAUCAAAGCGUUUCAGAAAGCAGGGACAUAAAGGAGCAACCAUAAUGUACAGUAUGUGGAAAAUGUUUUUUUUUUUUUUUUUACCUUAAACCACAUAAACACAUUGCAUUACACCAAAUACAAAAAAUAAUCUUCUUUUAGCAAUGCCAUAUGACCCAUUUAAAGCUUCACUAUGUAGCCUAUAUAUAUAUAUAUAUAUAUAUAUAUAUAUAUAUAUAUAUAUAUAUAUAUAUAUAUAUAUCUGCUACACUGAUGACAGUCUGGACCUUUACCUACAUGAGCUGGUGGGUGGUUCAUGCUGGGAUAAACCUGUUGUGAGACUAAAAGCCAUGCAGAAAUAAAAUCAACCUGUUGUACAGCUGA